AUGGUCUUGAAGAGGCCCCGAAAGGGAAAUAGCACCGAGUGCCACUACUGGGGUUACUCCUUUCACUGGACCGAUCUCCACCGCUCGGAAGAAGAACUACACCCUUUGGUUCAUACCUAUGACUCGCUAGCCGACGAGUGCGUGACAAGGUUGAACAGGAUCCCGACGGAGGGAGACUCGGACAAGCCUUUCAAGAAGGACCUGUACGCCCUGCUAGAGAAGCAUGCCGAUAAAGACCCAAAACUGCAGGAGCUGUGGACGCAGGUCAAUACCAUCCCGGAUUGGGUGGACUGGGCCCAGAUCCAGCGCGGCCAGGAUGUCUUCUUUCGAUAUGGUCUCCCGAUAUUGAACGUGCUGAGCUUUGAAAGCUUGCUAGGCGGCAUGGGCGCCAUCCGCGUCGUCGAGACCCUUGCACGAACUGGUGGCUUCGGUGCCAAAGUAGUCCGUCGCCGUCUGCUCGAAACACUCCAACAUGUUCUUCAGGUAAAUAGCUCGGCGGAAGGAAUGAAGCCAGGAGGGGAGGGUCACGUCUCGUCCGUUCGUGUGCGGCUACUUCAUUCCUGUGUCCGUUUGAAGAUCAUGAGUCUUGUGGAGCAAAAGCCUGACUACUAUGAUAUCGAAAAAUACGGGACACCGAUCAAUGACCUGGAUUGCAUCGGCACCAUCAACACCUUCUGCAGCUCAGUCGUAUAUCUGGGACUCCCUCGUCAGGGAAUCUUCUUGAGUACACAGGAGAUUGAAGAUUAUAUUGCCCUCUGGCGGCUCGUGGCUUACUACAUGGGAACCCCGACCGAACCCUUCGAAAAUGCCUCUCGAGCUCGCGCAACGAUGGAGUCUCUUUUGAUCUCAGAGAUCGAUCCCACGGAGAUCGGCAAAGUCCUGGCGAAGAACAUCAUUAUCGGUCUGGAAAAUACCGCCCCGGCCUAUGCCUCGAAGGAAUUCAUGGAAGCGUUGAGUCGGCUCUUGAAUGGUGAUAUGCUUGCGGAUGAGCUCGAUAUCCCGAGAUCUACGCUCUACUAUCGUCUCAUGGUCUGGGGAUAUUGCUUUUGGGUUUCGGGCGUCUCGUAUGUUGUUCCGAGGAUUUCGUUCCUCGAUCGAUUUGCAAUAUCGGUCCGCCGAAAAUUCUUCAACAGAAUGCUCCUGGACGAGAAAAUGGGACUGGGAGGGGAAGCGCGAUUCGAAUUCAAGUAUGUUCCCACAUUGACGCGGACCACACGCGUGGGACAACGACGCAGUACCAAAUUCGAAAGGCCAGGCGUCGAGAACCUGGCGAGGUUGGGCUUGCUGGCUGCAUUUACUGGCAUCGUCACAAUCUGCCUAAGUCUCCUCUUUGCAUUGAGGAUUUUGCCUGCCAACCCGCUACUUCAAGUUGUGCGAGUCUGA